GGAAACGGUACUACUUCCGCAAAAUCUUUGCGACACCCUGUCAUAUUCAAACAUGGCUUCGUCUAGGUUAGAAAUCAAUUUUAUCCGAUUAUUGUCCCGCUGCGAAUCUAUAGCUUCGGAGAAGCGAGUGGAAACGGAAUGGAGGUUGGAAAAGUAUGUUGGUGCUCUUGAAGAGAUGUUGGUGGCUUUGAGGAAAAGUCCAAGCAAACCCACAGUAGAGGUGAUGACAGACUACACACGAAAGGUUGACUUCUUGAAAGGACUUCUAGAAGCAGAGAAACUGUCAGGGACAGAAAAAGCCCUGGCCAAUCAGUUCCUAGCUCCUGGACGUACACCCACCAUAGCCAAUGAGAGGAUGCCAGCCAGUAAGACAGUUCACAUGCAGACCAAAGCCCGGUGCACAGGGGAGAUGAGGAACGAGCUGUUAGGCACUGGUCUGUCGAACAAAGGAAAUUUGGAAACAGACUUGCGAAACAGAAGGGGUUUGGUGCUGGAUGAAAGGCAGUCAGCAGCUGAGCUGGAUGCAGUGCUACAGCACCAUCACAACCUACAGGAAAAGUUGGCUGAAGACAUGCUGAACCUGGCGCGCAACCUGAAGAACAACACGCUGGUGGCCCAGAACAUUAUCAAACAGGACAACCAGACCCUGACCCAGUCUAUGCGGCAGGCAGACACCAACUUCGAGAAGCUGAAGGUUGAGUCGGAGCGUUUGGAGCAGCACACCAAGAAGUCGGUCAACUGGACCCUGUGGCUGAUGCUCAUCCUGGUCUCCUUCACUUUCAUCAGUAUGAUCCUCUUCAUCAGGAUCUUCCCCAAGCUCAGAUGAUGCACACCUGCUGGACAUACCUAGAACAUAGAAGAAUAACUGCUGCGCUGUUUGUACAUAUUCACAUAUAGGCCUAGGUGUGUAUAUAUACCUUCACCGGGUUAGAAGUUGCCCAGUAAGCACAGAUCUGGGAUCAGCUCAUCCUUCAACCAGCUUCUCCAAUCCUAUUAGAUGGAAGAAAUGUACAAUUGACCUUAGAUCAGUGUCUAGGGGGUAACUUCCUCCUGCUCCUUUAUGGGUAACCAAUAUGCACACAAAUAUAGCUAGCGAUAGAUUUCUAGAUAUUUAUUUAGAGUGAGGGACAGUGAGACGGGCCUAGUCUUAUCAGAUGGAGAAUGGAUGUGACUAAGAGCUUUAAUCUCGAUCCAGGGAUGUCUGUCUGGCAGCAGUACACAGUAGCAUGGUCCAGUCUGUACCGCAUAGAUUCAUUUACCAUUGAUUGACUGCAAACAAUAUCAGUAAUCUCAUUGGUCAUCUGUUAGUUUGGAACAAGUGGAGAUUUAAUGCAUUCUGUCCUAUAUAAGGAACUAAAAUGUUAUCAUUUAGUCCUAAAAAAUCAGAUUAAUUAACCACUUGACAAGAUCUUUGGUCCUAAAAAAAAUCCCUGGAAUUAAUGCCUUUUUCAUUGUUAAUUUUCAGUGUGAGUAAAUUAGUGUGAAUCUGCCCAUUUGUUUUUGUCAGUGUUGAUGUGCAUGAAUAGUUGACAGUAGCGGUGAGUGACAGUGAUAGAUUCAUUAUGGUGAAUAUGAUUGGCCCUCUCUUCCUUCCUAAGAGUGUUACUUCCCAACCCAUUUCUCACUCCUUUAUCGCUGUGGUCUGUGUUGAACUGUGUGAUUAAAUGUUUUUAACUGGA